UUGGUACCAUUCCAUUCAGCAUAAGUAACAACUUGUGUACAUGGAAAAGCAGAAACCAUCGGCUGCGCUUGUAUCAUUUUGAUUCCACAUCGAGUUUUCACCUUCUCUUUUCCAAGUUUUCGCUGAUUCCACACACAAAGUUUCAUUCCGACAUUAUAAAAUCUAUGCAAGAGCCCGGCUCGAUUCCAGUCGAAAGCUUUACGUCGAUCCGAUAGCAUAUUCAGGAGAAAGAAGCACUUUCUGGUAUCCCCGAAGAGGAAUAACGUAAAUUUGUUUGUUUUUAGAUAGUUCUAGUAAUCGUUUGCAAAUAAAGAAUAUUCUUGAACUGUUGCAAGUGUGCAAGUGCAUUUGGUCGUGAUUUGUCUGAGCUGAACGGAAUUUUCCGAGAGAAAAUUUUUUAUUAUUAAAAAAGUGAUAAAUUAACUGAACAAAAAUGGCCACUUACGCAGCAUUCAAACAUGUUGAACUCUACAAUGUUGGAAGGACGAAAAAGAGGGUCUUGAGACCACCAGGCGGUGGAUCAAGUGACAUCUUUGGAGCAGAGAAUGCAGGAACUCCCCGCACAGUACGUAAUCACAUGGCAUCAAAUAUUUUUGGUAGCACUCAAGAUGCUCCAGUAAAGAACAAUGUGCGACAAGGAAUGCACAGAUAUUAUUUCAUUGGUGAUGGUGUGCGUCGUGGUGGAAAAAAUGGCGAUUCAUACAAUCGUCUAUUUGGGGAAAGUGACCGCCCAUUUACACCUGCAAAAAAUCACUUGAAGAGCAAUAUUCCAUUGGGAGGCGACUCUCCGGCUAAAAUUAAUAAUGGUAAUAACGCAGCGACAAAUGGUCACACCAAUGGUAAAGCCGAAAAUAAUAAUGGUGUACAACAAAACGGAACUUCCAAAACAGGAUUUCGACGGAGAAUCAAGGUUGAAGCGAAUCCCUCUGGAGAAUCGAAUCAAACUCAAUCUUCACAAAAUCCAGAAGCCCAUCCUCAAACUUCCCCAGACAGUGAUAAUAACACAAAUGCUAGUAGUAAUAUCGACAAUAAUAAUGAAUCAAGUGCUAAUGAAAACUCGCAAUCUGAAGUUGGAGAGCAAGGAAAAGUUACUUCAAACGAGACUGGUGUUUCUGAAGCCACUGAUAAAUUAUCAAUUACAGCCAGCAAUAACAACGCAGCAGAUACUACAAAUGAUAGUAUUACUUCUCCGAAACAGGCCAAUAACAAUCGUGAAAUAAACGGAAAUGAUGGUGGUGGGAGCGAUAUUGAUAAGUCUUACAAGAAUGGAGAUAGUUCAAGCACGACAACAUCUUCAGUUACGUCUCCAGUAUCGGCUAUUUCAACAGAUACUACCGAUCAGAGUAAUAAAUCGGUCGCUAGCAGUGGCAGUUCCCUGCGUUCGCCCAGGGGCCAAACUGGGUCACGAAACCCUGUAACUGGCGUCGGCAUUGAAAUGCCAUCGUAUAAGAGAACUCGGGUUUUACGAAGAGAUGGAAAUCCAGUCACCGGCGAAGGUUACAAUGGUUCAGGAGGUGCCGAAGUGAAUACAGCAGUACCCUCUCUAAAUGGUGCCAAACAGGUCAUUAACAAGAACCGCAUUCCUCCAGGUGGCUACUCCUCUGGACUUUGGUAGAAAAACGACGAUUGGAUGUUGUUACAAUAAUGAAAAAGAGAAGCACUUUUCCUCCAAAACAGACAUUUAAAAUAUAUAUUUAGAAAUACAUAAAUACAUUAACAUUUAUGGCAAAAUUAAGUAAUUAAAAUUAAUGAAAAGAAAAAGAAAAACCGAAAUGUCCACGAAGGCAAUUCGAAAAGGAAUACGAAAUAGCAAGAAAUUAUAAGAAUGAUAGAUAAUCAGUAAUAAGCAAUGUACCCUGCCGCCACCCUUUUCUAAUUUUUACUUCUAUGUUGUAAGCACAGAAAAUUUGUAAAAGAUUUGAGGAAUUAAGGGGGGUAUAAAUUUGUUCUUUUUUCACGCCUCUAUUGAUGAAGUUGUCUAAAUUUUCCGAUCUCUCGGUACAUAUACAUUGCGUACCGAUAAAACCGGUAUAGUUGAAGUAAAUCAAAUCUCUAAAAUCUCAAUAGUGGUUAUGAAAACAAAACGAAAUUAAAUUAUUUAUUUCUACUGGAGACAUGUUCACAUUUCACGAAAUUAUUUAAUCUGAAUGAUGCUCAUCCAUGUUUUGUACACAACUUGGUGGUAUUUAUGCUAUCUUUUAUUUUAUCGAUUUCCUUUUUUUCUUUUCACUUAAUAAUCCGCAAUAAGCGCUCUAUUCAUAUAAUUGUAAUCGUUUAGUUUUGUUGUGCUUUCAAGAGACCGUGCCGUGUCAUGUCACGCGCCAGUAUCACACUUAUAUCUUUUAACAUAAUAAUUCUGAUAAACUUGAUUUUAACACUCAUUGACAUUACAUAUUUAUGAAAAUCCUAAUUAGAAAUUUACAUUUAUUUACUUUCUUGGCUUUCUCGUGUAAUUUGAUUUAAUGAGAGAAGUCAUUCAAUUAUUGUGUAUGAAUAACGACUUUAUUUUGAUAUGAUUACACACUGAUUUUUUGCCUUUAUUUGUAUAGAAAAUUAGUACAUUUAAUAAAACCACCACACUUUUUUAUAUGUAUA